AUGGCGGCUGGGGCGCGCGCACGGAGCGGUGAUGGCGGCCCCGGAGCGCAGGCUGCCGAGUCCCGAGGCCUUCGUGGGUCAGUCGUGGAGCAACUGGAUCGAGCGGGCCGAGGCCCUGCGCCUGGGGGACGGUCUGGAAUCCGAGGACUGCGGGAAGGAUGGGAGGAAAAAGAUUGAAACAGUCAGACUGAUCCGGGAAGAUAUGCCGAUCUUCGGGCACUGUCCAGCCCACGACGAGUUCUUCCUGGUAGUGUGCAACCACUGUGGGCAAGUGGUGAAACCUCAGGCAUUCCAGACUCACUGUGAGCGCAGACAUGGGCCUUGGAACAAACUCUCAGCACGAAAACCUCCUGCCUCACAUUUCACAAGCUCCACCGUGCUGCAGAAAUCCCGGUCCAGUGUCACUCAGCCCGCGGUUACCCUGCCCAGGGCAUCCAAAGAGAAGGUCCAACAACAGAGCUCGGCCAACAAGACAACCCAAUCAGACGUGCCUUCAAAAGGACCCAAGGAGAAUCUCUGCUUGUUUGUUCCUGUGGUCAACCUGGAAAAGAUCCCGUCUCUGGGAAAGCCGGACGGCUCCUGUAUUAAGUUGAACUCCAAACCCUCUGCCUCGUCCCCCUCCUCCCCACUCCCCCCCAUGGCAGCCCCAGGGGGCAAGGCAGGCUCUGCAGCAAGGCCGGGGGUAGCGGCCAGCAUCAAGCCUGCCCCUACCCCACCAUCUGCUCCAGCCACACAGAAUGGCCAAGGGGAUCUGUCCCCUGUGCUAGAAGAGCGGAUGCUGAACAACAGGAAAAACAGCCACAAAGUGUACCGACGUGUUUUAGAGAAAGAAUGCGAGCUGGAUAAACACUGCGGAGUAAUGGACCCAGAAACUAAAAAGCCUUGCACCCGCUCGCUAACCUGUAAGACCCACUCGCUGACCCAGAGACGGAAGGUGCUGGGCCGGAGGCUGGAGUUUGACGAGCUGUUAGCCGAGCACCGGGCCAAUACCAGGAGCAAGGAGGCUGCCAAGGCCGGCAAGCAGCAGCCGCGGGAGCCAGCGACUCCGGCACAAACACAGGAGAUGGCAGCCACUGACUCGGGGCAGCCACUGAGAGAGUCCCCGAGCACAGCCAAGUCGCACAGCUGUCCAGCCUCAAGGUUUACAUCAGCAUGUGACGUGACAGGUGUGGGGUCAGCCCAGGAUGAGCCGGAACUGGAAACCCCGUUCCCGCUGUUCAGGUUUGAGCUGGACACUCGGAUAUCCAGCGAGGAGAGCGAGGGGGAAACGGCUGAGGAGGCAGAAAAGUUGGGCUGUCGGUAUUCCCGGCUCCAUCCCAAGCCUAUUGCAUUUUGCACUUUUGGAAGCCGGAUGGUUGGCCGAGGUUGCUACGCGUUCGACAGGCGACUGAAUCACUUGCGCUCAGCCCUGAACUCCAUGGUGGAAAGGCACCUCAACUCCCAGAUGUGGAGGAAGAUUCCUCCGGCGUCCGAUUGCCAGGCUGUGCCGCUGUCGGUGCCCGCGCCCUCGGCAGCCUUUCUCUGCCCGCAGUCCCUCAGUGCCUCAGUGUCCUGUCUUCCAGCCACCGCCUCCUCCUGCUGCCCCAGUGCUGUGUCUGCCCAGACCAAGCCAGCGUCCCCCAGCCUGGCGGACCCCUCUCGCACUUCCACCACCACCUGUGCCCUGUCGGACCCCAGCCCCCUGUCCCCCCCGCCCCCCGUCCUCCCCCCGUCCCCGCCCUUCAGCAAGAUGCCUUCAGCCAAGAGCAGCAAGUCGUCGCGGCUCAAGGAGAGCCCGCAGCCCGGCAAGCGGAAAAAGAACGCGGCUGCCUCCGUGCCGGAGCCUUCCCCGAAAAGGAACUGUGUGCUGGGAACAAGCCGGCCCGGCUCGGCGUCCUGCGCCGGCUCCAGCGACCGCUCCCCCCAACGCAAUACCCCCCCCCACAAAGCCAACAACGGCAUCGCCCCCCACGGCAACAAGGCCGGCCGCUCAGGACAAAGUGGAAUCCAGGGACAUUCAGGGAAUUGUGUGAAAGGGACGGCGCGGACGGCAGAUCGGGACAGUCGGCAGGCGGAGGGCCGCAGGCUGCUGGUGCCCUCCCUCGCGGCCACCCUCUCCCUGGCCAAGGCCGAGGGCAGGAAGAGAAAGAAUACAGCCUCAUACUCCAAACCCCCCAAAAUCGCCAAAGCCCCCGAGCUGAGCUUCGUGCAGAGGAAACGGGAGGAGCAGAUCCUCACAGCCACGCGAGCCCAGAACAACACUCACUCCCACAAGGCAAAAAUGCGUCCUUGAAAGUGAGCCCCCGCCAGCUACGCAGCGUCAGAUUGGGAACCCCCCUCUCCCCACCCAACAGCUCAGCUCCCCCUGAGCACAGGGUCCUCAGUCACACACAGAGAAGUGGAGAAAGAGACCUAUAUGAACUAUCUUCGUCAGUACAAUCUGCUCCUGAUGCUCUCGACCCUUUUCGAGAUCUACAUGAUGUUUGUAGCUGGAGUUUGGUAACGCUCAGCGUUCCAACCGAACAAACUCUAAACCUACGGAAAUCCCUCCUCAAGCUUCCGGGAGCCUCCUUGUUUCCGGCCUUACUCUGCACUGAUCCAAAACGCUCCUGAAGAGAGGAGAAGUGACUGGGAGUUGGAUUGUCGUCCGUCUGAAGCUUUUAUGCAAUUAAACACCGUACAGAAGUGUGAGAAUUUAUCAUCGGAAAUCUCUCCAAAAUUGGAGAAGGGAGGGGGGAAAGAGAGAGGAAAUUGCAUCCAUACUCGCUGGAGAUUAAAUAUAAACACAUUUACCUCAACAAACUGCGAUGAAAGGACACUGAAGGAUAGGAAUGGUUUGAUUUUUCUUCUUUCAGAAGUAGCCGGUGGGAGGAAGGGGGAGGGGAGUUUCAGGGUAAAAUUUCUUUUAUGAUUGAAAGUGGAAGAGGGGAUGAGGAGAAGGAGAAUCCUCUACCGUCUCCCUAUUCCUGAUCCCAAAUCCUGCAGAUCACCUCGGGGCUGUGUGGGGGACCGGUCGCCUUUUGUCUAUGAAAUAAUUACUCCAGUUGACAGUAAUUACCUGUGAGUGCUUUGAGGCCCAAUGAGGUGCUACAUAUAUAUAAUAUAUUGUAUAAUAUAUAUGUGUGUGUGUGAGUGAUCACUGCAGGAUCUAAAUGUUACUUUUAAAAGUCAAUUUUCCAAACCAGGAGCGGAGGAGUUUUGAAUCGCCCCGAAUCUCUCCUCUUGAGUGUUGUUCUGCGGCACAGAGAGAGAAACAGACUGCGUGAAAUUCCUGCACUCUUCCCCCACUGCAGGGGAUAGGUGACGAGGAAGGAGUGGGGGAAGUGGGGUGGGGGCAGGUGUCCAAUGUACUCACAUCUAGCAAUCAUGUCUUUCCCCUUCUCCCCUCCCUCCCUCUCUCUUCUUCCACUUGAUUUGAUUAUUCUGAAUGGAAAAAGUUCCAAGUCGAGCCAUUUCUAGCUCCCAAUACGCUGAGCAGCAUUUCCACACCGUUUGUCACUUGAAACUUCUACACAGUCAAUCCUCUU